CUGAGCCGAGGUGCCUCCUGCGCCCGGUUCCCCAGAGCUGUGCUUGAGACGCCUCGGCGGGGCCUCCCCAGCAGCGAGAGGCCUGGGCAAGGCGCAGUGCUGAUUGGCCAGGGGUCUGAGGCAGCAUGGCUCUGCUGCUCCUGCUGGCUAGCGCCCUGUCUGGGACCCUGGCUGCCCGAGCCCGUGGUGACAGCAGGCUCUUGGUGGAGGUGCAGCAGUCUCCCCGCUACGCGACCAUCCCAGAGGGGGGCUCGGUCAGCAUCACCUGCUCCACCAACGGGACCCUGAAAGGGCUCUACCUGAAGCAAAGCUGGCCCCAGGCCGCAUACGUGGUCUACUAUGAGGACGAGGAGAGCAGGACCUCCACUGUGGACCCGCAGUUCCAGGGCCGCGUCAGCUUCUCGGGGCCUCAGAACAACCUGACCAUCAGCAUGCACCACCUGCGGAAGGCCGACUCGGGCACCUACACCUGCGAGGCCGUCCAGGACUUCCUGGACAGCAACGUCCCAGGCCCCGGCACCAUGGUCGCCGUGACAGACACACUGUCCCUGCACAGAUGCCAGGAGCCUCCACUGACGUCCCGCGUCCUCCCCACUGCCCUGGCGGUGGGCUUCUUCCUCAUGGGGCUGGGCCUGGGGGUGCUGUGCACGCUGAGAAGGACGCAGAUUAAGGGAAUGUGCACCUCGAGGAAGAAGAGCUCGUCCAGCGUGGUCUAUGAGGACAUGUGCUACAGCCGCCGCAAUACCCUGUCCACCCCCAACCAGUGCCACUGAGCCCACCAGGCCCUCGGUGCCCCUCUGCCCACUGUCCUUCCGGCCCUGCCUCAGCAGAGCUUGCAGAGGCCCUGCUGACCUGCUGGCCCAGGUCCACACACAGGGACCAGGUUCCUGGGCCCUUCCCAGCGGAUGGGGCACCUGGUCCAGGAAGCCUCCCUGCCCACCUCCCAGGCCCUCAGGGGGCUCUGAUGGUGCUGCCACCAGGGACACACGGAGGCUGUCCUCCCCCCACUACCUUUCCCUGCCGCAGCCUAGGAGGGCUUGCUCGGUCGGAUGGACUCAGGCGUGUGGCAGGUCCAGAGCUCCUGCAGCCUGGCGAAGGGGGCAGGGGAGGUCCACCCAGCCAGCCUGCAGGAAUAAAGUGUCGGUUUUCUCCC